GAGGUGCCGGAGGGCUCCCCGCACGCGGCGCGGCACGCGCGGCAGCUCUACCGGACCAGGCUCGCGGAGGGGGCGCCGCGCGUCCCGUCGGGCAGCGAUCAGACUGCGCCGGAUGGUGUGCCGCUCUCCCAGAUGUUCAGCGAGGGUAACGGCGGGGAGAUGCGCCAGAGCUGGCACGGCUACCCAAAGGGCUACGCCCAGCUCCUGUACUCGCCGUCGUACUUUGCCGUGGCGGACAUGUCCAUCGACACGAAGAACCGCGACCACCCGACAGUGCGGGCGCUGGGGCCCCUCCCAAAGGCAGCGUACGGCGGCGCCGCUCCAGCCGAUCAGGAGUACAGCGGCCUCCUGGAGUGCCCGUGCACGGACCGUAUCGACCGGGCGCAGUGGAAGCCUUUCCCUGCGUCUCGUUGCCCCGCGCAGCCGACCUCGGAUCUCGGUUUCAUCCACAAUCCCACCUGCCAGGCGGACACGUACGUCGGCGGCAUCAUGUGCUGCGACGGCGGCAACAUCCUCCUGGAUAAGGAUCAGAACCCCUGGCAGGAUGACAUCAUGACGUAUUAUCUGAAGUUCCGGUUCUACUUCCAGGAGUACACCCCUGGCUCCCAUUUGAAUCUGCAGCGGCUCUACUGGCAAACAGAGGUCGCCGCUGGAGAGUAUGAUAUCGUCCAGUGUGACCCUGGCACGCCUCCCUCUCAGUGCGUUUACACCAUCACUUCGCGCUGGUCGGUCCGGCAGAUGGGCGAGACCUGCAGCACAUCCGAGGGCGGUGCUUGCACCGGCCUCACCAGCGCGGACCCUGCGGAGACGGCUGGCGUCGAGCUCAUUUACGCGGGGCCGCACUGCCACGCCCCGAGUUGCCUCUCUAUGGAGCUGUACCACGCGAAUACCGGGAAGCUCCUCUGCCACAUGGAUGCGCAGUACGGGGCCAGCGACGAGCUGUAUGACGAGAAAGGGUACGUGCAUUUGCCGCCGUGCCUGUGGGGCCACGAGGACGGCCUGCCGAAGCCGUUGCUCCUUGGCCUCGACGACGAGCUGCUCAGCAUCAAGAGGAACAACAACACGUACUACCACUAUGGCGACAUGGCCUCCUGGCAGAUGCGCGGAGUCGUCGUCCCGAAGGCGUCCUCGGAGAAGGUGCGGAACAUUCAG